AUGACGAGAGGAGGGAGUGAGGCUUACAACGGCCUUGUUGAGGCACUCCGGGAACGGGAGUAUCCCAUGUUGAAAGACCAGAUCUAUCUUGAUCAUGCAGGAACAACACUCUACGCAAAGUCUCUUGUGGACAGGUUUGCGUCAGAUAUGACUUCGAACUUAUUCGGAAAUCCGCAUUCCUUCUCAACAUCCUCCCAGUCCACUACGUCUCGUAUCGAAGACAUUCGACUCCGAGUUCUGCAGUUUUUCAAUGCCGAUCCCUCCGAGUUCGAUCUUGUUUUUGUUGCAAACGCAACUGCUGGCAUCAAAUUAGUAACGGAAGCCCUGCGUGGCGCUCCCGCUGGUUUUAACUAUGCGUAUCACCAAACAUGCCACACUAGCCUUAUCGGUGUUCGAGAAGAGGCUAGAAAUAGUUUCUGUCUGGAUGAUGUUGCCAUGGAACACUGGCUUGAACACGGUGCCCUGCCCGGCAGAGUCGAAUCUACCCAAGUCCCGGUGCUGUUCGCAUAUCCAGCUCAGUCCAAUAUGGACGGUCGUCGGUUUCCGUUGGAGUGGAGUAGUCAACUGCGUUCACGAAAUCCCUCAUCAACCGGCAAGGUUUACACCCUGUUAGAUGCCUCAGCCUACGUUGCAACGUCCCCAUUAGAUCUCGGUGAUUCGGAGACUGCGCCCGAUUUCACGGUACUGAGCUUUUACAAAAUUUUUGGCUUUCCGGAUUUGGGAGCCUUGAUAGUCCGACAUCAGGCUUCAUCAGCCCUUAAAAACCGAAAGUAUUUCGGCGGAGGCACUGUUGAUAUGGUUGUGUCUGUCAAGGAGCAAUGGCAUGCUCUGAAAAAAGGCUUGCACGAGUCUCUUGAAGAUGGGACACUCCCAAUCCACAAUAUUAUUGCUUUGGACUCCUCAAUGGAUGUUCACCAUCGGCUUUUUGGGACCAUGAACGAUGUGUCCUCGCACACGUCUUUCUUGUCUCAAAGAUUGCAUGACAAGCUAUCGGCUUUACAACAUGGAAACGGAAGUUUUAUAUGUGUGGUCUAUUCUCGCAAACCCGAGUACCACGUUGGCACACUAGGGUCUGGCCCCGUCGUGGCAUUCAACAUACAGAACGACCUUGGUGCUUGGAUCAGUCUGACAGAAUUCGAGAAGCUUGCAGUCUUGAAAGGGUUCCAUGUUCGCACGGGAGGAUUGUGUAAUCCUGGCGGUGUUGCGGCUGCGUUGGGUCUAGAGCCUUGGGAGAUGAAGAGGAAUAUAUCGUCUGGAUUUCGGUGCGGAACUGAAAAUGAUAUUAUGGGCGGCAAGCCGACUGGUGUCAUCCGAGCGAGUCUUGGUGCCAUGAGCACGGUAUCAGACGUGGAUCGGUUCGUCGAUUUCGUCAACGAGUUUUACCGCGUCGAAGUCAUCCUCGAAACAACCCAGCUCAAGGAUGCGAUCCCGCCUCAUAAUUUGGAGGACUUGUACGUGAGGGAUCUCAUGGUGUACCCGAUCAAGAGCUGUGGUGGAUAUCGCAUCCCGAAAGGGAUGCCGUGGGAGGUCAGGCCUGAGGGUCUAGCAUGGGACAGAGAGUGGUGCUUGGUACAUCGUGGUUCCGGCCAAGCGUUAAGCCAAAAGCGACAUCCACGCAUGGCUCUGCUCCGGCCGAUGAUCAAUUUUACCACAGGGAUGUUGGAAAUAUCUUUCCGGGGAGUUCUGGCCAAACAACAGCCUACAUCGAUAUCUGUUCCACUCUCGGCUGAUCCAACUUUCUUCCAAAAUACCGUGGCAGCUAAACGUAUGGCGUCACGAGUUUGUGGUGAGGAGAUUUCUGCCCAAACAUACACAUCAGCUACCAUCAACGAUUUCUUCUCCAAUAUCCUCGGGGUCUCAUGCGCCCUAGCACGCUUCCCACCAGGCGGCCAAGGCAAGAGGAUGCGUUAUGCAAAGGCUCAUCUGCAGCAGCAUCAAAACGUGGGCAAUAGGAUCAAACAUGUCAAUCCGUGGAGCUUCUUAGAAAUUGUGACGCCGCCUGAUUCGGAUUCUGAAACAGAAAACCGCAAGAUAUUGCUGUCGAACGAGAGUCCCAUUCUUGCUAUCAACCUUUCUAGUCUUGAAGUUUUGAACCAAGCGAUCGUGGAACGAGGGGGCAAACCGGUCUCCCCAGAGGUCUUUCGUGCGAAUGUUGUCAUUGGCGCGUCGACAUGGAAACCAGACUCCUUUGCUUAUUCCGAAGACCAUUGGUCGAGGUUGAAAAUUGGGCAACAAGACUUCAAGAUGCUGGGAUCUUGUAGGAGAUGUCACAUGGUAUGCAUCGACCAAGAAACGGCUGCAAAAGGCGAGGAGCCUUUCAUUACGUUAACCAAAACAAGGAGGUUUGAAGGGAAGGUGUUCUUUGGCACGCACAUGUGCCAUACACCUUCGACGGACAGCAGGACAAGGGAAGCCCAGUAUCCUGCCAUUCAGGUAGGGGAUACAGUUGUGGUAGACGCCCCUAGUUGA